GGGCUUGACGCAGUCGGACUGCACAUGGAGGCGCAGUGAAAUUCUACUUAUCGAAGUUGACCUUUUCUGACCAGCCAAGCUGCUCCUAGGACCUCUGGGUAGCUUUAUCCACACACUGUCAACAUGUGGGCUUUUGCAUAUCAGCCCAGGCUGCUGCUUGCUUGCUCCAGAAUUCUGCUCAAGCCUGUGGCAGCCAGAGGAGGAGGCUGUCAUUUUGCCCUUUACCACGACCAGGACAGGCCUGCUCUGUCUGAUGGGUGGCAGGGUCAUGGCAGGUCCAAGGCUCCAGCUUCAGGUAAAGCCUGGAGGAAAGAGAAAGUGCAAAGUAAGGAGCAGCGUAAGCCACAGGCACAUGACAGGCGAGUGUCGUCUGAGCUCAGGAAACUCAGUCUGGAUGACUUUGCCGAGGACCGGGAGAAGCCAGAGAGGGACGAUUCCACGACGAACUCCAGAAAAUACAACGAUGAGAUUGUUUUCGGCAUCUCCCCCUGUCUCUUUGCUCUGACCCACGGGAGGAGGAAAGCCCGCAGGCUGUUUGUGAAGGACGGGGAGGCAUCUCACAGAACCUCUGUGCUGCAGGUCUGCGAGGAGGCUCACAGGAGGGGGGUACAGGUCCAGCGGGUCAGUAAGAGGGACCUGGACAGGAUGUCUGAUGGACGUGUGCAUCAAGGGGUGUGUCUGCAAGCCAGUCCUCUGAGCUAUCUCACCGAGAGGGCCUCUGCGCCACCCAGAAAGGAUCAUGCCACGCCCCUCGUCUGGCUUGUGCUGGAUGGCAUUCAGGACCCAAUGAAUCUGGGUGCCAUCCUGCGCACGGCCUACUUCCUGGGCGUGGACAGCGUUGCCACCAGUGUCCGCAGCAGCUGUCCACUGACACCGGUGGUCAGCAAGGCCAGCGCCGGGGUCAUGGAAAUCAUCGGGGUGUACGGAUAUGAAAACCUUGGGGAUAUGCUGAGGGUGAAGGUGGCACAAGGCUGGCAUGUGGUUGGCACGGUGGGAGCUGAAGCAGAUGAGUUGCAGAUUCCUGUGACUCGGUGCUCGGACUUCCGGAUUACCAAGCCCACUUUGUUACUGAUGGGAGGAGAGGGGGACGGCCUGUCCCAGGAGUCACUGUCUCACUGCCACACCUUUGUCACCAUCCUGGCUGGCAGAGAUUUGCUUCCUGGCAUCGAGUCUCUCAAUGUCUCUGUGGCGACAGGCAUUCUGCUGCACUCUCUGCUGUCCACCAGGGCACCAGGCAAAUCAUGAUCAAUUAACUGAUUCACUUAAGUAUCACAAUUUUUUUUUUUUUUUUUUUUUGUAUUACUGAAUCGAUUUACAGUUAAGGCUGCAUUUAGGGAAGGGAAAAUCUGACAUGGCUUUUUUCAAAGGGGUCCCUUGAUCUCUCACCUCAAGAUACCCAAAUGCAAAAGGGCACCCACCGGUCUCCCCUUUGCAGACAUGCCCACCUUAUGCCAAACUCAUACAAUCUGGGGCAACCACGCAGGUUUUUGCAUAGCCUAUAAAUAUGUUACUUUCACCAACUCUAAAAUGGUGUAUUUCUGCACAUUCGGGCCUAAACAGUCUUGGAAUUGCAAUUGGGUUUGACUGGAGAGCUGAGACUCAAUGAGCUCAAUUUUAUUAAUGUGUGAUGAUGUUAGCCCCAGUAGUAGGUAUUUUGUUGUAGUGAGACAAUUUUUAAAACUUGACAUCAGUUUAUUGAGGUCACCAUUGUGACCUUUAUGAUAAUAACAGCCUCAUGAAACUUUCAUCCACAAACUAGAGCAUAAUUCAAAGGAUGAAAAGUGCAAUAAAUCAUAUUUUCAAAUUGCAAUACAUAUUGAAUUGGCAAGCAAGUAUUGUUGUAGUAUCGAAUCAGGAGACAAGCAUAUUAUCCCAGCCCUGAUGAUUAACAUGACUGAUGGCCUUUGCCCUUUGCAAGGAUGCAACUUGUAGAUUUUGCCUGCAGCACUGGCACUAUUUAUGGAAAUGAAGGCUGUGCACAAUUAGUGUGUGCAUUGUGACAUUUUCAACAGUGAAAUACAUGAGAAAAGAGGUGUGUCUAUGUUAUCUGAUGAUGUAGAUGAAAUUAUAUUGAGUUCUCAUAAUGCUUUAUUAUAUAGUUUG